CUUCGAACGCCGUCGCCAAUUCUAACGCCACCCCCAGUCAUCACAUUACCGCGAUCAAGGAUCCAGGUCGUGACUGGAAUCUAAAUCAGUACCUACAACAACACCACACUCCAAUCCGACAAGAUGUCUUACAACAAGGGCGAGAAGGACUUCGGCGAGGGCCCCAAGAUCCACAAGAUCCGCAUCACCCUCACCUCCCGUAACGUCAAGAGCCUCGAGAAGGUCUGCCAGGAGCUCAUCGACCGUGCCAAGAACAAGGAGCUCCGCGUCAAGGGCCCCGUUCGUCUGCCCACCAAGCACCUGAAGAUCACCACCCGUAAGACCCCUUGCGGUGAGGGUUCCAAGACUUGGGACACAUUCGAGAUGCGCAUCCACAAGCGCCUCAUCGACCUCCACGCUCCCACCGAGGUUGUCAAGCAGAUCAUCAUCAACAUCGAGGCCGGUGUUGAGGUUGAGGUUACCAUCGCCGCAUAAGGGCUUGGUCCGUACAAGGAUCAUAAAGGAGUGUCAACGGUCUGAACAGACGUGUGGCUAUGAAACAGCUCUCGAAGCUGGAUAUACACGAAAUGAAAUGAUUCAGACAUGAUGGCACAUUGCAUUGGGAUGUAAAUUUGAUCGUGAGAGGCUACCCUGAGCUACAAAUAACAGCCGUCACGAUAUACAGUGAACAGAACAAAGAAAGUAAGAGCCAGACAGCCAGAAGACGCUUUCAUGGUCGAUCAACAUGUGCCGACUGACGAGGGCCCACCGACAAGAGUUGCACUCUUCUUGGAUGAGAGUCUUAUCAUCUGCAUGUUUCACAUAUCAAAUACUUAUAACAUACGUACCCGCCACUCUAUAACUCACACCACGAUAUCCCAACCUUCCUCUGUAGUUUUCAAAAAUCAGUGCCAGCGGCAUUGUUAAUCAAGAUUGCACCAUCGAGAGGAAUAAUGCCA